AUGGAAGGUAGCUGGUCAACAGGUUCUCACUUCCCUCCUGGGUUCCGCUUCCAUCCUACAGACCAGGAACUAAUCACGCAUUACCUGAAGAAGAAGGUGUCUUCUUCCUUACCACCCGCAUGGGCCAUCAUGGCCGAUGAUGAUCAUAACAAUUGCUGCUUUGUUUCAGAGAAAGCAUUAUUUGGAGAAAAAGAGUGGUUUUUCUUCAGCCCGAGAGAUCGCAAGUACCCGAACGGCGUCAGGCCCAAUCGGGCUGCUGGGUCGGGUUACUGGAAGGCAACUGGCAUCGACAAGCCCAUCUUGGCUGCUGACGGCCUCCAGUGCAUUGGUGUCAAAAAGGCUUUGAUUUUCUACCUCGGACGCCCGCCUAAGGGUACCAAAACAGAGUGGGCCAUGCACGAGUACCGCCUGCUAGACUCCGCCCUGCCUGGUCAAGCUAUGAAGACGAAGCAUUCUAUGAGACUGGAUGAUUGGGUUCUGUGCCGGAUUGAAAAGAAGGGUGGCGGCCGGCAAGCUGAAAAAGAUGAAGCGCAGGUAUCCCUAAAAUUACCACAGCCUGCCAAUGCGAAUGCCGAACAAGAAAAUCAGCAACAGUUAAAAAUUGAAAAAAGCCGCAUCUUUGAGUGGAGCGACGCACAGCAUCUUGACUUUCUUAGUACACCCGAGAAUGAAGCGAUAAGCAAAGGGGGAGAAUCUGAUUCGCGUUCUGAUAGCAGAUGUUCUGAGCUUGAAGAGUGCUUUGAGGUGCUGCAGCAGCCACCGCUGUUGCAGUUCUCAGCUUACGGCUCCAUGAAGAGGAGGUCGUCGUUCAGCUCGGACAUUGAUGAGCUGAUGCAACAGCCGCCUUGCAAAAGACAGCAGUGUUCAAGUGAUGAGCAAUAUUUUUUGAACGAAGACGUCUUUUUUCUUGAUCAGAGCUUAACGGAGUUCUUAAGAUGAUAACUCGCACGGCUCGCAGCCUUUUUUUAUUAUUUUAAACAGUCAUUUUUUAACGGGAAAUUUGAAUCUUGAGGUGGAGGCAAAUAAGGGUUCGAUUGAUGCCUGUUGGCUAAUUUUAUCUUUUUUCUAAGAAAUAAGAUUUGAAUACGUAGCUUUGACUAAUUUCUAUACUCUUUCCUGCUUAGAUAUGAUAAUUCAUCUAAAAGUAUAUGCAUUUUGCUUUGCUAAGCAAAAGUGUAUAUUUACAAAAAAGGCUCACAACGACGCUAUCAACAAUACCGGAAAAUAGCUUCUUAGGCUUUACAAACGUGAGCUAAAUGCGAUGUUUAAUCGGAAC